AUGGGCAAAAGGGGCGCAAGGGCCGAACAAAACUAUCCUAAGCAACCUUUCCUGCUCUCUCCGCAUGAAAUCGUUGGCCAGCUCGAGACAAGGCUCGACUCGGGCCUGAGCGAAGCUCAAGUCCAGCAGUACCAACAGAAAUAUGGACCCAACAGACUCGAAGGAGAUGGAGGCGUCUCUUGGUAUGCAAUUUUGGGCAAGCAAAUCUCCAAUGCCAUGAUACUGGUAUUGGUGCUCGCCAUGGCGCUCUCCUACGGUGUGGAAGAUUUUGUGGAAGGCGCUGUCAUCACAGCCGUCAUUGUCCUCAACGUCCUUAUUGGCUUCUACCAGGAGUUUCAGGCUGAAAAGAAAAUGGAUGCUCUACGGUCGCUAUCCUCCCCUUCAGCUGCCGUGCUUAGGGACGGGAAUGAGUUGACCAUUCCAUCCGCGGAAGUGGUUCCCGGCGACAUCGUAUCUAUCAAGACUGGGGAUACUGUUCCGGCUGAUUUGCGGCUGUUCGAGGUCAUGAACCUCGAAUGUGACGAGGCCAUCCUGACCGGCGAGGCGCUACCAGUUGCCAAAGAAGUCGAAUUUGAGGCGGCAAAGCACGGCAUUGCGAAAGAAGAUCUGGGACUGGGCGAUCGACUCAACAUAGCGUACUCAUCGUCUACGGUCACCAAGGGACGAGGUCGCGGGGUGGUGGUCUACACUGGUAUGUCGACCGCUAUCGGGGGAAUAGCUGCCUCGCUGCAGGGCAAGCGUCGCAAGCCCAAUCGAUCCAUGUCAAGGAAGAAGUACGGACCCAUGCAGCCCGUCAAGGGCGGUGCCCUUCGCACAUACGACGGUGUGCGCAAGUUCCUAGGCCUCACCGGGGGCACGCCUCUCCAGAUCAAGCUCAGCAAGCUGGCGUACGUCCUCUUUGGUUGUGCCAUCCUCCUUGCCAUCAUCGUGUUUGGCGUCAAUCGAUUCAACGUCACAAAUGAGGUCGCCAUUUACGCCAUCUCGACCGGAAUUGCCAUUAUUCCAGAGUCUCUGAUUGCAGUCCUCACCAUCACCAUGGUCGUGGGCAUGACGCAGAUGCGGAAACGCAAGGUCGUCGUUCGACAGCUCAGCGCACUCGAAGCCCUCGGCGGUGUCACCAACAUCUGCUCAGAUAAAACCGGCACUCUCACACAGGGCAAAAUGGUGACGCGGAAAGCAUGGAUCCCCGGUGUCGGCAUCUACAGUGUGGAAAAUUCAAACAAUGCUUCCGACCCCACAGAAGGGACCAUCACGCUAGGGAAGGCACCCAGAUCUCGGCAGGAAGUCGAAGCAGAGAAACUAGCUAGAGAAGAUGCUUUUGACCGCAAACGAAGCACCGCCGGUAUCUCGUUCGAUCUUCCGAGCGAGAAAGUACAGAAUGACACUGAAAAGGCUAUGGCGAAAGCAUACAACGACGUCAAGUCGAACCCAGAGGUUACGAUAGAACUCCAAGCGUUCCUGGAAGCUGCGGCCCUUUGCAAUUUGGCCUCUGUUCGCAAAAUCGCCGAGGACGGCCAGGAACAGAAGUGGAAAACAACCGGCGACCCAACAGAGAUUGCGCUGCAAGUCUUCUCGCACCGCUUCAACUACGGCAAGAGGACCCUCGAGGGAAACGGUUGGACUCAGAGGAUGGAGUAUCCCUUCGACAGCUCUAUCAAGCGCAUGUCGGUCGUGUACACCAAACCUGGACUUGACCACUCCAUCAUCUUCACCAAAGGCGCAGUGGAACGCAUCAUCGACCUGUGCACGGCCGUGGGCGUAGGCGAAUAUGAACAAGCCAUGACUGCUUCACUCAAGGAAGGCAUCUUGGAGCAAAUGAUGUUUCUUGCCGAACAAGGUCUGCGCGUGUUAGCGGUCGCGAGGAAAUUCACGACCAUGGAAAUCGAGGAGCACUCAGAUGUGGAUCGCAGCCUUGUCGAGAAAGAUCUCUGUCUGCUUGGUCUCGCCGGCCUGUAUGACCCACCGCGCCUGGAAACCAAAGCCGCGGUGCAGGCCUGCACGACCGCCGGCAUCACCGUGUCCAUGCUGACAGGCGAUCACCCGUCAACGGCGACCGCCAUCGCGAAGGAAGUCGGCAUCAUUCCAAAGAACAUGGGCACUCUCCCGGCAGUUGUGGCGGCCGCCAUCGUGAAGACAGCGACUGAGUUCGACAGGAUGAGUGACACCGAGAUUGACGCCCUUCCAACCCUGCCUCUCGUGGUUGCGCGCUGCGCGCCCGAGACCAAAGUCCGCAUGAUCGAAGCGCUGCACCGACGGAACAAAUUCGCUGCCAUGACCGGCGACGGCGUGAACGAUUCGCCAUCCCUCAAGCUCGCCGACGUCGGCAUCGCCAUGGGCCUCAACGGAAGCGACGUGGCGAAAUCGGCAGCGGACAUUGUCCUAACCGACGACAACUUCGCGUCCAUCGUCAGCGCGGUCGAGGAAGGUCGGCGGAUGUUCGACAACAUCCAGCGCUUUGUGCUGCACCUCCUCGUGGCCAACGUGGGCGAGGUGAUCCUGCUGAUCUGCGGCCUGGGAUUUCAGGACGACGCAGGAUUUUCGGUGUUUCCGCUCUCGCCCUUGCAAAUCCUGUGGAUCAACAUGCUCACUUCGUCAUUCCCAGCGUUCGGGCUUGGGCGCGAAAAGGCGUCGCCGGACGUGAUGGCGCGGCCGCCGCGCAACCACAAAAAAGGCAUCUUCACCUGGGAACUCAUCACGGACAUGCUCGUGUACGGCACCAUCCAGGGCACGUGCUGUCUGAUGACGUUCGUCUUCAUCGUCUACGGGCCCGGCCCGGACGGGCUGGGCCAAGACUGCAACCGCGAGUUCAACGACACUUGCGACGUUGUGUUCCGUGCCCGAGCGGCCGUGUUCGCCGAGCUGACCUGGCUGAUCCUGAUCUCGGCGUGGGAAUUCAAGGCCUUGCGGCGGAGCAUGUUCCGGAUCAACCCGCACGACUCGCGCUCCUUUCCCUUCUUUCAAGACGUCUGGGAGAACCAGUUCCUGUUCUGGUCCGUCGUCAUCGGCGCCCUCUCGGUAUUUCCCGCCGUGUACAUCCCCGGCUUGAACACGUCCGUAUUCAAGCACAAGGGCAUCAGCUGGGAGUGGGCCCCGGCCGUAGUCUGCGUCUUUGUCUUUGUGAGCGGCAUCGAGGCUUGGAAGUACGUCAAGCGGGCCGCCGGUUGGUUCGAGGACGAAGAGACCGAGGGCACCAAGGGCAGACACCAUGCUAGCUCCGCGUUGUCGCUAAGACAGGGCUUCUUCACCAUGACCAGGAGUUUCACCAAGAGCAAAUCCGGAGAGAAGCAGAGGGCACCAACAGUGGAGGAGCUGGGUGAUCGGGUUACAAGAAGAGGGCGGACACCUGUGUUGCCCAGGGUCAGAGAGGAUGUUUGA